AUGGCCCGUGGGGCUGAGGAGGUCCCCGAGGCGAGUGCCCUGCGGGCGACAUGGGAGGAAGUGCGGCAGCAGUUGGAGCAGAAGAAGCUUCAGCUUCAGCACUUGGCUGUCGAUGGACAGGAGCUGCUGUUGGAGGAAGAUGCCUUGAGACGUUCGUUGGAAGAAUGUCACCAAGAACUGGAAUCCAGAGAGGAGACUACCACGCUUGAUCCCUUGAGAGUGUCCAAGCUACAACAGCUGGAGCAGCAGAAUCAGUUUUUGGCCAACGAGCUGGAGGAGAUGGAAUCGCAGCUCCGCAGCGGGCGUAGCCCGAAGAGCCGCGGACGAAGGGAGCUCCAUGGCGCGGCGGAGGGUGCUGAGGCCUUGCGAAGCGAGCUGGGAGAGGUGAAGGCGACCGAAGAAGCGCAAGAGGCCCGAUGGCACCUGGAGGAACGGACGUGGAACUCGGAGCUGAAGGAAGUGAAGGAGCAGGAUCGGGCACUGCUGUCGGCGCUGGAGGCUAAGCUUCGAGGGCUGGUGGAGGCCAACCAGCUGCUUCAGGAAGAGUUGCACCGUGAGGAAGAGAAGACACGACAGAAGACCACGGCGCUCAGCACCGAGGUGCUGCAACUGCGGCAAGAUUUGUGGCUCCAUAGCCCAUCCGAGCGCUCAGAGCUUUGGAGUGGCGCAGACGGUUCGAGCAGGCGAAGCUCGAAGACGUCCAGCCGUGGGUCGACCGGCACACGCCGGUCGGCCACAGCCAGCUUCAAGCCGCUGGAAGAGAUCCCUUCCCUGGCCGCCGACACCGCAGUGACCGCGACGACCGCAACGACCGCGACGACCGCGGCUUCGGUGGAGGCGGCGGCGACCGUGGCGAUGGCGGCGGCGCGGAGAGCGUCGGCGGUGGUGGGAGGCCUGGUCGAUGAUGCGCUGCUGAGUAUGGGCGACUUGAUGGAACCGAAGGAGCCUAAGGCGACGAGUGACCGUGGGGUCCAAGACCCCAAACUGGAGGUCGACCAGGCGGAAACAGCGGCCACGGCGGCAUCCAGUGCGGCUUCGACGACGUGGUCGGAGUUCUGGGCCUCGGGCAGUCGACACUCGGCCAGCGCGCUGGAACACUUCGGCCAGUUGCUGCAGCAACAGGUGAAUUCCGCCGCGGAGGGGCUGACGACUCGCAAGCCAGGGCAGAGCUGUGGGCGAGGUGAGAUGCAGAUGGGUCGAUUUGUGGUCACCAAAGAUUGCGGAGCUGGAGAGGCCCUGAGCUUUCUGGCCUGGUGUCCAUGUGCCUUUCUGGCGCCCACACCACGGGCACACGGCUCCAACCACGCACCGUUCAGCGGGGCGCCUGCGGGGCGCGGCCGGACCGUGUGGCGGCUACAGCGACGGAGUGAGUUGAUGGAGGAGACGCGGAUGCUGCGGGAGACCUUGGGAAGUCUCACCAAGGAGGUGCGCCUCUUGCGCAAGCUCAUCACGACCGACGGGGACACCCAGACUAGCUCCGACGACGGGGCGAAGCCCGCGGCAGUGGCAGCACCGACGCCGGUGCCGACAGCGGCGCCGGCCGCGCCCGUGGCGUCCGCGGAAAAGGCCGUGGAGGCCAAGGUGGCGCCGAAGGCGGCGAAGGCCUCGCCCCCUCCGGCUGCGAGUGUGGGGACGACGCAGCUGAAGGUGGUCAGUGCAGGAGGCGAUGCUGGCGAUAUCGCGGACUUCUUCGUGGAGGAUCAGAAAGUGCCGAUCGGGGGAAUGGCCAAUCGUCGCGGCCUCAAUGUGGUGGUCAUUGACAUGCAGAUGGGGCAGAUCCUAUCAGCCAAGACGUACGACAUUUGGGGCAAUCCAAUGGAAGAGAACAGGCGCUUGGCCAAAGACUUCCGCGCAAUUGAAGAGGACAACGUGGUGCUGAUCGCGUUGAAAGAUUCGGGCAUGGAGAACCUUGAUGGGGAGGGCCUUCACGCGCUGCAGUCGGUGGGCUCCACGCUGGAAAACCGCUUGGGCUUUCGACAGGGCUACGCGCUCAUCGGCGUCAAAGACGGUGAAGCAAUGGCUGAACGGAAGGGGCCCAUGGUCAUGGCCGAGGCCAAAUUGAAGAUAGCAAUCCGACCGCCUUCCACACCGAUCCGCGCAUAA